AGGGUUUCUCUGCAAUGGGUUAGGGAACAGGAAGUUUUGGAAAGAGAAGGAACAAGACACACACACACACUUUGUGUCAGGUGUGCCCGCCGUAGCUUCCACCUUCAGAAGCGUCGCCCGCAAGAGAAGCUACAAUUGGAGUGUGAAGGCUAUCCGAAGAAAGACAACCAGAACUGGAAGGAUAAGGUACCUCCGCCACCUGCCUCGGAGAAUCAAAAGUGGUUUUAGAGAAGGUACUGAAGCAGCACUAAAGAAGAAGGGAGCAACAGCAGCAACAUCUGCAUAAGAGAAGAAAAUUAAUAAUGGCGAGAAACAAUUUGGGCCGUCUACUUUCAUCAUCGGCAUCAUUAUCGAAUCUCUCCACAAGAUCCGAGUCGGUGAUUCGCUCAUCGAGUCGAAUGAUAAGCAGCUCAUCGACGAGUCAACCACAAUCUCAAGACACCCAAAAUAACAAAGAAGGAGAAGAAGAAAACAAAAAGAAGCCUGAAAUCGGAAGCAAAGAAGAUCAAGAAUACGAUGAUGAAUUUGUGAAUAAAGAGACUGGAGAAAUCGGUGGACCUAAAGGACCCGAACCAACUCGAUACGGCGAUUGGGAGCGAAACGGUCGCUGCUCUGAUUUCUGAUUUCUCCGUGUUUGUUUUUAAUUAAAUUACUUGUCUUUUGUUUCUUCCAUUAUCUGAAAGUAAUAAAAGAUUGUUCCUUCCGGUA